UCUACAAAUUCAAAGGCAUACCAAGGAAGCACUGGCCUAUUAGUAAAGUGAAGGAGCCGUUCAGACCACACCUGAACAGUGGAUACUAAUUGAACCCCAUUUUCGUCUGUUUUGGAGAUAACAUGCCAGGAGGGGCUUUGGGCACAGCUGAGCUAGCAUCCUGCACCUGCAAACAUCAUGGGCAACAAACACUAUAUGGUCAUCUGUAUAACAACUUACAUGUAAGGUCCACAGACAGAAGACACCAGGUGACUUGUCCACCUAUAGGUCCUAGAUUAUUUGGAAAACCAUUCCAUGGCAUGAACAGUUAUAUCUCACCCUAUUUUCAUUCUCAAAAUGGUUUCCAUACAAUACAUUCUGAAAACAGCCCAGUCAAACCAAAAAUUGUGACAGUGGUUAAACCUGGAAGUCAACCUCUGAAAAAGAUCACAUUACUACUUAACCGGAGGUCUGUCCAGACUUUUGAACAACUUAUUGCUGAUAUAUCAGAAGGACUUGGACUCCCAAGGUGGAAAAAUGACCGUGUCCGGAAACUUUAUAACCUGAAAGGCAAGGAAAUUCACAGUGUAUCUGACUUUUUCCGUGGGGAUGAUGCUUUUAUUGCACUGGGUAGGGAGCAACUCACACUGAAGAGCAUUGAAAUAGUUUUUAAUGAACUUUAUCCUGAUGAGUCUUUUAAACAAAACAAGGAUUAUUAUGAAAAACUAAGAUGCAAGUUUAAAGAUAAGGGGUUAAAUAUUGAUAGUCGAUAUGAAGUAACAGAGACAACCCACAAAUUAGGCAACAUCAUGUCUUCAACAGUAGCUAACAAAACAGACAGCAAAACUGAAAAGUGUAAGGCAGAAGAAUCCAGAAGCACAAGAAAACAUGACAAAUUUAAGAGUGAUCACGAACACUUACCUGGAGCGAUGAAAAAACUUGAACUAUGCCAUAGUAAACCAAAUAAACUGUUGACCACAAGUUUGGAUUAUACAAUGCAUUGUGAGCAACACUGUAAAAAAUAUAAGUUGAAAAAAAGACUGAACAGUGACUUUGAUAAUGAAAUGCUAGAAGAUACACCUUUGGUUGAAAGGUGUAUGAAACAGCCAAAGCAUAAAUCAGAUAAAACAAAAUCCAAGUGUAUAAUUUGCCACUGUAGAAAUAAAGAGUUGGAUAUGGAUUUUAGUGAAGUAGAGGAAAGAGUGGACAGUGACGUAGAUAUGAACCACAAUUUAAAGUGGCCUUCUUAUAGAUUUCAAAGACAGACCAAUGACAUGGAAACAAACAGCAAACGUUACAAUGAGAGAAAAAAAUGCAAUGGUGAACAUCCUGACUGCUCAGCAAUAAAACCCACUAGACGGCUAAUAGAAGAUUUCCUGGAAGAUUCAAAAGAGAAUGUACUAAUAAACACAGACAAAACAGUCACGGACAAUGAAUCCAAUAGUAAAAAAGAAAUCCUGACAAACACUGAUCCCGUGGCAGAAAAGGUUUUAGGUGGGAAUUCAAGCAUGGAUGAGGAUGAGGGAAUUUUCCAAAUUAGCCAAUAUUCUAUCAAGGACAGCCUGGAUAUAGAGAAAUAUUAUGAAAUUGGCAGGAGUAUUGGAGAUGGAAACUUUGCUGUUGUGAAGGAGUGUAGAGUCCGGAAAACUAAUCAAGAAUUUGCCAUGAAGAUUAUUGAUAAGGCCAAGCUUGAAGGAAAAGAAGAUAUUGUUGAGAAUGAAGUUCGUAUAAUUAAAUUGCUCUGCCAUCCUAAUAUCGUAAAACUUCUGGACGAUUUUGAGACUGAAAAUGAGAUUUACUUGAUAAUGGAGUACAUAAAAGGAGGAGACUUGUUUGAUGCAAUAACUGAAAGUAUAAAAUUUACUGAACACCAUGCAUCCCUUAUGAUGACUGAUCUGUGUGAGGCUCUUCUGUAUAUCCACAGUAAAAAUAUUGUUCAUAGAGACCUGAAGCCUGAAAAUCUACUGGUACAAAAUAAUCCUGAUGGAUCUUCUACUCUAAAGUUAGCUGAUUUUGGACUUGCUGUGUUUGUCUCAGAACCUAUAUUCACUGUGUGCGGAACUCCGACAUAUGUAGCUCCUGAAAUCCUCUCAGAAAAGGGUUAUGGCUUAGAAGUUGAUAUGUGGGCAACUGGAGUUAUCUUGUAUAUACUACUGUCCGGUUUUCCACCUUUUCGAAGUCCAGAACGCAAUCAUGAGGAAUUAUUUGAGAUCAUACAACGUGGAGAAUAUGAAUUCCCCUUACCUUACUGGGAUAAUAUUUCAGAAGAAGCAAAAGAUUUGAUCAGCAGGUUGCUGGUGCUAAGUCCACUGAAGAGAUAUACUGCCCAACAUGUUCUGCAGCACAGCUGGAUCAGGUCACGUGGACAAAUGAACGAUCGGAGUUUGCAGAGAGAAGUUACCAUGAAUAUACAGCGUCAUUUCCGUAACCGAUGUCAGAAGAAGGGCACACAGAGUGACCUGUAAAAUUUGUUUUUCCUUUUUAAUUAAUUUAAGCAAACUGCAGAAUGAAACUGGCUUUAUAAACGUAUAUGAUGGGCAAAUUUAUGAUGUUAAUUUUUGAAGCAUUGCUUGGCUGAGAAUUCCUAACAUCUCAUCCACUUUGCUGGUAUUGUACAAUGCCACAG